AUGAAUACCCAAUUGUUAUUAGUGUUCAUUUUUUUCACACUUUCUGCUGUCUCUUGCCUAAAAGUGAUUCUUCAAUUAAGCGCCAAAACGGACUUGCUUAGAUUCUCGGAGAAGAUCCUUAUUUCAGAGUAUGAAUGCAUCGAGAUUGGAAAUUUCAAAGCAAUAAUGGGAGAAUUCGAUACAAAUUUUGUGAAGUCCCUGUUUUUUGACGAAUCUGUGGAAGCUAUUAGUAUUGAUCGACAGGUACAAAUUGCUAACCUACACCACCAACAGUCUGCUCCAAAACACUUGGUAAGGCUCUCACAAGCCGGACCGAUUGUCAAGCAGCAGCAUCUUGAUUUCAUAUAUAACGGUACCGGGAAGGAUACUCGGGUUUUUAUUCUUGAUACUGGUAUAUUGUCCAACCACUCUGAUUUUACUGGAAGGGUUCAAACAUUUGACCCAAAAAAUACUACACAUUGUGAUGUCAAUGGCCAUGGCACCGCUGUAGCAUCGUUGGUUGGUUCCGAGCUUUUUGGUGUUUCAAAAGAGGUUACGCUAAUAGAUUAUCCUGUACUUCAUGACAAUGGUAUUGGAGUCAUCAGUAAUGUUUUGAGUGCUUUGGACAAAAUUGUCAAGGCAGGCGUCCCUGGAGUUAUCUUAAUGCCAUUUAUAGGAAAGAAAAGUGUGCUUUUUGAAAAUGCCCUACGAGAGGUUGUGACAGCGGGCUUUCCAAUAGUGGUACCGGCAGGUAAUUUUGCAAGAGACGCGUGCAAAUAUUCUCCUUCUGGUGCAGAGCACGUCAUCACCGUGGGGUCAAUCAAUUCGUACACAGAUACGAUUGCCAAAUUCAGUAACUAUGGCCCGUGCGUUGACCUUUUCUGCGACGGGGUAGACAUUGUAAGUUUGGCACCAUUCAACGAAAUGAUCACGGUGAAUUCGGGUACAUCAAUGUCUGCAGCUUUAGUGACAGGAGUUGUCGCCACCUUGAUGGGACGCAGCAGUAUGGAUAUUUUAGCCAGCUUGAAGAGUAUGGCUAUUCGUGGAGGAAUCAGGCCAAUGGACUUUUUAGUACAGUCUGCUACUGACAAUCUUAUUGCUUCCAAUAUAAAAUUUAAUGAGACUGAAUAG